CGCCUCCGUCGUGCUGCUUUCAAGCAUUUCCCCAUUUACUUAAGUCAGACGCAGCCUGUUCACUGUGAGCAUUCAGCCUACCCCGAUGGUCUCCUGGUAGACAUGGAUUACAAACUGCAUCCCACCUUUUGAUCACUAGUUUCACAGGUCAAAGCCAGGUUUAAGAGCAGUUUACUUGAGGCAAGAAACUGCACAUGGAGCUCACAGAAAACAAGAACAAAAUGGAAUUCAAACAAACGAUGUGGGCCAGAGCAGUAAUACUUUACUGCGGCGUGGUAUUCCUCUACCACCAGGCCUUCGCAGUGGAUACCUACAUGGCUGAGUUCAUGGUAGAGAGCAAUGUUACAUUUGACAUCUCUGGUACUCUAUCAUCGAUCAAGGAAAUAACUACAGAUAAUGGAAGUAUGACCAUUGAACUGCUUGAACUAACAGCGGAAUGUGAAAUUGUUGGAGGUAAUUCUAAAUGUAACUGUUCGACAACGUACAUCUGGAGCAACGCAGUGUGUGACGAGUUCCAGUGCUGCAAUGGCUCGUCUUGUAAUGCAAAUAUUUCUGACUUGCCAGCCUUCUGUAUUCCCAAAGAGAAAGUUUUCUUUAAUGGAACAGUCACAGUGGGAAAAGUAUUUAGUGAAACUAAUACUAUCAAACAACAGCUCACAGAGGGUUUUCAACAAUUAAAUGGGUUUGAGGGCCUUAAUGUAUCUGGACCUAGGGGUGAUGGCCACAUUGUUGAUUUCAAAGUGGAUGUCAGUGUCAUAUUUCUGACUAAAAAAAUUACAAAAAUAACAGCUGACCUGGAAAUGACUGUAGGCUCCUCUGCCAAAAUAUCUGUUGAAACAUCAGGAUUUGUAAGCAUUAAGUAUCCAAUGAACAAAGUGCCAUACCGCUCAACACCAACGCUGAGUUGCACAUUUAAAGAAACAACAUUUGAUGAAACAGAUGGCUCUUGGAACUGGAACUUGAUAAAGGGAAGUGAGACAUUUGGUCUGAACACUGGAACCAGCAUAACCGUGACAUCCCCAGAGGCAUCACCUAACUGUACCACAGUCCAAAUUAAAAAGUUGUCAGGGAACUGGGCAGGAAUGUAUAAGUGUGGAUUUUCCAAAGGAUCCAUUGUGCACGCAGCCUCUGCAGAGUUGAAGGUAGCCCUGCUACCAGAUCAGAUCACCAUGACGAGUACCCCACUGACUGUAGAAUGCCAUGAUAUAAACCCUCAAAGUGUGAUGGUCAGCGCAACCAUCGAGAGCAGCACGGAGAUGUACAAUGUUACUUGGUUAUACCAAGCUCAAAUGGAACCCCCAAAUCCAUCAUCAGUCUCGCCAGCGGGGACCAGCUACAGCAUAACUCCAAAGAUAAAUUGCAAGCAAACAGAAUUACCGCAUGUUUUCACAGUCAAAUUUACAAACCAGGAGAACGAGACUGAAAGUGCAAGCAUAACUAUACCAGUGAUUUAUGCUGAGGAAAAGGAGAUGGCUUGUUUAGUAGACUAUCUUUGGCCAAAAACCCCAAAAGGUGACACUAUUGUCAUCCGACAAUGUGAGCCGAGGAGAGUGGGGUAUAACGAGAGGACAUGCAAGGGGCCUGCAUGGAUGGAUGUGCUGGAUAACUGUGUCAAUGAGGAACUUAAUCAAAUUCUCAUUUCAGCAGCAAACUUUAGAGAGGGACUUGGGGCCACACAAGACAUUGCUCGUGAAAUAUUUUCUGGGUUAAAGAACAACACAGUUGCUGACACGAACAGCUCAGUUGCUGAUUUGAAUGCAUCCAUCAGUAUUCUGGAUGUCAUGUCUGAAGCAUCAGAAACUAUCACCCUGGAUGAGUCCGUUUUAGAUGUUUUUCUUGAUGCAGCAAGCAACAUGUUGAAUAACCCUUGGAAGGCAGUCAACACAACCAUUGAAUAUAGAAUGUCUUCAAAAUACCUCAAGUCUGUCGAGGGUCUAGUGAAGAACAUCAAAAUGAAUACCAGUAACGGAAAUGACACCCCAAAUCUGCAAUUCAAACUCUGCCGAGCUCAAAAUAACUCAUCUUGCAAUCGAACUGUGUUUGGCGUUGAGGUCAAAUUGGCCCAGUCCUCAGGAAUAGUAAAAACUGUGGGAGUAAAAAACCUGGCUGACAAAUUAAACAAUUCAAAAUUCCCAGACAGUGAGUUCCCUAGCAUUGUGGUGUCAGCCACACUGCAAAACAGUAACGACUCCAAAAUAGACAUCAAAUUGGACUUUCCCAUCAACCAGUCAAUGUCUCGAGACUCUAAAAUCCUCUGUGUGUUCUGGAACACCACAUUAAAGGAAUGGUCUGAAGAAGGCUGCAAGUGGAAGGAAAUGGUCAACGACAAAAGCUACUGUGAGUGCACCCACCUGACCUCCUUCUCAGUGCUCAUGUCCAAGACCCCGGUGAAGCUGCCCUUUCUGGAUGAGAUUACCUACGUAGGCCUGGGCAUGUCCAUCUGCUCCCUUAUUGUCUUCCUCUUCAUCGAGGCGCUGGUGUGGUCGGCUGUUGUGAAGUCCAACCUCUCACACUUCCGCCACACAGCCCUGGUCAACAUCUCUCUAUGCCUUUUAUUGGCCGACUGCAGUUUCCUGGCCUCCUCCAUCCCCAGCAUCUCUGAUACCUGGUGCCUCAUACUGACCGUGACCAAGCAUUUCUUCUUUCUGGCUAUGUUCUGCUGGAUGCUAUGCCUCAGCGUCAUGCUAAUACACCAGCUCAUCUUCGUCUUCCACCCGCUGAGGAAGAGGGUGUAUCUGCUCUUGUCCACCGUCCUUGGGUACGUCUGUCCCGCAGUGAUCGUGGCAGCUACCUAUGUGUACUACAAAUACACAGGAAACCCCUACCACAACACAACAACCUGCUGGCUCAUUUACGAUGGACUUCUGAAAGGGUCCAUUCACGCAUUUCUUCUGCCCAUCGGGACGAUUGUUUUGAUGAAUCUGUUCUCCAUGUGUGUUGUCAUCAUGACUCUCCUAAAGUCCAGUGUCCCUGAUGGAAGUAAAGCUGACGAGAAAGAGACAGCCAAAAGCAUUCUGAAAGUGGUCGUCUUUUUAACACCAGUCUUUGGGAUAACAUGGGUUUUGGGAUUUUUUGUGCUCAUUGAUAUCAAGGAAAUGAUGGGUGUUGUGAUGCAUUAUGCUUUCACCAUCAUAAACUCCUUACAGGGCUUCUUCAUUUUACUGACUGGAUGUUUUGCAGAGAAGAAGGUGCGAGAUGAAGUGUUGAAAGUCAUCUUGGCUGGGGCACCUACUCCCAAAGAGAAAAGUGAGAAUAUGAAAGUCCCCUUCAAAUAAGUGAUGGACAUCAAGAGAACUAGCUAUAUACUGGAUCAAGCUAUAUACUGGAUCAGGACCAACCCACCCAUUUGCUACUACUCUCACCCAGAGGGAAACAUCCACCUGGUUGGUUCCUCAAAGACAGUGAUGGCUGGGGUUUAGGUGGUGUUUAGACAGGUCUUAUCAUGAUUUCAUUAUAUUAUGUCAAUAACAUAUUAAGUUUCAUGUUAAUUACUAAACUCAUACACAUUCAUCAUUUGAAAAAAACAUCUUUGUGAUUUCCUGGAAACAUUUGUAUUCCUAUUUUCCACAAACAGUACUGUAGCAUACUUUGACGUCAGAAGAGAUGUCAUAAUAUUACUGCUAAUUUGGUCAAUGACAUUUCGUUAUAUGAUUUAUUAAUUGAGUUGACCUGUACUUGCAUUAUGACUGUAGAUGAAAUGUGUAAAUCAAAGUUAUUGUAAUAAACAAUAAGGCCGGGAUUCAAUCAGAGGGGUGCUGUAGACCAGGCCCGGUCUUGGCUGUUCUGCCACCCUAGACGAGACAAAAAAAUUAUUGCCCCUGCAAAACUAGAAAAGUCCCAGGAAGAAAAAUGACGUUCAAAACACUUUUACAAUGCGUAUUUUCCAGAAGUUGAAAUCAGGUACAUUUUCAGGUCUGAAAGAAAGUUGAAAAUAAGUAAUUUAUAGAUGUCUAUGUUUGGACCAAAUCAAGGCCGGUCCAGACCGGACCAAAUCUGAACCAAACAUAGACGUCUAUUUUUGGGCCAAAUCAAGUCUGGUCCAGACUAGAAAAAUCUGAACCAAACAUUGACGCACAUGAUUGGUUCAAAUUUGGUCCAUCUACGUGGUAUGCUUACCGUUUGUAAAACAUGGCGGCAUAAGGCCGUGCUUAUUGGGGUGUAGCCUACCAUGUCAGCACACAAUGGAAUCUUAUGAAUGCCCAUCCAUGUGAUAGGCCUACCGUUUGAAAAAAACAGGCAGUUGCAUUGCCUUUAUUAGUUCUGAUUCCUAUGACUAAUCAAUUUGGCUAUUUAAGCUCUGAAUAUCAGCUACCCAACUACAUCAGGAGUUAUCCUGAGCCUAUUUGCAAUGAGAAUCAAUGAGUUUACACAGCGGGAAAUGUGGAAGUAUGUUUCUUUUUUGCUCAUCAAAAAUGAUGGAUACAAACUUGAAACCACUGGACAGAGUUUGGGAAACACUGUUGUAGAAAAGCACAUUGCCUAGCGACAAGGUGUCUUUUAAAGGCUAUUUCUGCAACAUUUGAGGAGAUUUCAUUCAUUGUAAACACUGCAGAUAUCGUCUCAAGCGGGAAAUUAGCUUCAAAUACACUUAAAUUGCUGAGCACUUGUAAACAACGCACCUUUGAUUGAAUCCUGGCCUAAUUGUUAUUUAAUUUAACGCUAGAGUAAAAUCUAUGGUGAAAAAUUAUUUAGGCCCUGUCAAUAUUUUAAUCCAUAUUUUUACCCCUCCUCCCAAAACCAAUGUGCCUGUUCAAUGUGUAACCUGAAGUUUUUUUGUGCUUUGUGUUUUAUCUUUUAAAUGUUUGCGUUAUGCUUGCAAAGUACAUUUUUAAUCUCUAUUAAAUCCGUAUAGCGGAUUCAGAGUUACAGUGUGAUUAGCCGGAGACUGCAUUCACGAUAAAUGUCAGGUAUACUCCCUCUCUGGCCUCUAGGUAACCAGACUGCUGGUACUUACACCUGUCGACCAUCAUUACGCGCACCAGCGCUUCUUGACACUCACCUGGCGUAUUUAUGUCACUCCCUUUGGUUCCUCUCAGGCGCUAUUGUUUCUGUUUCAGUUUCCUCUCUGUGUGCUGUUAGUGUUUCUUGUUUUGUAUUAUGUUCUGUUUAUUUAUUAAAUAUUCACUCCCUGUACUUGCUUCCAGACUCUUAGCGCACAUCGUUACAGAAUAACGCCUCACCUAAGGGAAGCAUCAGGGAGUGUUUAUUUUUUUGUGUUGGAAGGUGUGUCUGGUCUGGGUGUCAGUACCGGAGCUGUGGUUGUCAGGCUCUCACCCUCAGCUGGUUCAUCAGGUUUCCCCGAUCGGUCCGUUUCUGAACCACGGGAUCGACCCCUUGGUCAGCGUCCUGCGGCAGGGGCCGCAUGCCAGAGAGGGUGUACUGUCAAGUAUUCUCCCUCUUUGGCCUCUAGGUCACCAGACUGUUGAUUAUUACGCACACCUGUCACCAUCGUCACGUGCACCAGUGCUUAUUGACACUCACCUCCUUGAUUACAUGCCCUAUUUAUGUCACUCCCUUUGGUUCCUUCCCCAGGCGUUGUAUUUUCUGUUUCAAUUUCAUGUCCGUGUGCUGCUAGUGUUUCUUGUUUUGUAUUAUGUUCGGUUUAUUUAUUAAAUAUUCACUCCCUGUA